AUGCUAUCUGUUUUCUCUCAGUUUUCACGUCUUUUCUACUUUCUUUCUUUCUUUCUUUAUUUAUUUAUUUAUUUAUUUAUUUAUCUAUCUAUCUAUUUAUUCAAUUUGAUUUUCUUCUUUUUUUCAUUCUUUUCUUUUUUUUCUUUACUUCUUUUCUUCGUUUCUUUUCUAUUUUUCGCGCUUUUUCUUUUUGCUUACAUUUCUUUACUUUUUUUACUUUCUUUUUAUAAUUCAUUGCCAUUAUUGCUAUUAUUAUUAUUAUUAUUAUUAUUAUUAUUCGCAGUAGUAGAAGCAGUAGUACUAGUACUUGUUUUUCUUCCUUUUAAUUUUCUCCUUUCCUUUACUUUUUCAUCCUUUUCUUCUUUCUUUUUCAUAAUUUCUUCUUUUUUUUGUUAUUUUCUCGACUUUGACGUUUUUCGCGUUUUCUUUUUGUUUCUUCUUAUUAAUUUUUUAUUUUCUUUUUCUCCUUUCCUUUUUCCUUCUUUUUCUUCUUUUUUCGUCCUUUUCUUUUUUCCUUUCUUUCUCUUUUCCUUUAUUCUUUUUCCCUUCUUUUUUUUUUGUCCUUUUUGUUUCUUCAUAUCUUUCUUUUUAUCUACCCUUCAUGUCAUUCUUUUUCUUUCUUUUUUUUUUAAUGUUUAUUUCCUUUUUAUUUCUUUUCCGUCGUUCUCUUCCUUGUUUGUGGUCGUUGUCGUCGUCUUCUUUGAAAAAACCCAUGACACUAUCUAUCUAGUAAUCUCUUCUUAUCUAUCUAUCUAUCUAUCUAUCUAUCUAUCUAUCUAUCUAUCCCAGUCUGUUCAUUAUCUAUCUAUCUAUCUAUCUAUCUAUCUAUCUAUCUAUCUAUCUAUCUGUUAUGGUCCAGGUUAG